CGCAUUUUGCUCAUUCACUGUUACUUGGUCAGUGCGAGGGCUGCCUUGGCGCGCGCACACUGUCGAUGAAGGCCAAGAGGUUAUGGCGGCGAGUGCCAACGCCACUGGCACUUUUGGUAGGUCUCUUCCUCGGCUUGUUCAUCGGGCGCAUCCUACCACCCUCGCUCUUCGGGUUAUCAUGGGCGCGCCCGAACACACCUGUGUUUGUCUCGAGGCUCUCUGCGCGAAAGCAUUUCACUCUGCCGAAUGUUGACCAGCGCAAGCGUGUGCUUGAGCUCCUCUCGACACUUUCGCCCUACCACACCGCUGAAUGUACCCGCAACUCACAACCGCUCUACAUUCAGCAAGUCAGAGACCGCUAUAAACCCCUCGUAGCGAGUAGAUCUCCGUCAUCGCCAUCAUCUUGGAUGCCCUCCCUGGGACUUGGCCUGUCCGACCCAGAUGGCGUGUAUGUCUCUCCCGCCAGAGAACACAAAUACUAUUUUGCCAUCAAUCUAUACAACUCCUUCGAUAUCAUCCCUGAUCUUUUUGCUACUCUCUUCCGGGUGUCAGCCAUUCUGGGCUAUCACAAUGUCUUCGUGUCCAUUUACGAGAACGGUUCGAAUGACCAAACCAAGGCGCUCCUUCGCAUAUUCGAUUCGAUCACAAAAAGUGUCGGCCUCAGAGUUACCAUACGGACGUCGACUCGCACGAGAGGAGCAUUCAACCACCGUAUCGAAUACCUGGCUGAGGUCCGAAAUCAGGCCUUCGACCCUCUUCACGAACUCAGAGACGCCAACAAUGAGUUCUUUGAUACGAUCAUCUUCAUGAACGAUAUCCUACCUUGCGUUGACGACGUCCUCGAGCUAAUCUGGCAGAGCAGAAGAAACAACGCGGGAAUUACGUGUGCUGCAGAUUAUGUGUAUCACAAUGACCUCAAUACGCCUGUCUUUUAUGAUAACUGGGUAUCACGCGACAUCAACGGUACUGCCCUCGAAAACGCGCCUUUUGAGAACAUCUUCCACGAUCCAGAUUCCUCUGAACGGUUCCAGCGUCACCUCCCCAUCCAGGUUCAGUCGUGUUGGAACGGUGUCGCGAUUCUUGACCCAGCCCCUUUUUACUCACCCCCAUACGUUCGCUUCCGCAUGGCAGAGAUUGUAGAGGGUGAGUGUUCCGCGUCGGAGUGCAGUUUGAUCUGCAACGACUACUGGAAAGCGGGGUACGGCCGGAUUGUGAUGGUACCGCGGGUGAAGCUUGCAUACGAUAGGAAAGUCUUUGAUUUGAUACACCCUCCGCGGAAGAAUCUCACUGCCAUCCGGGGGUAUGUUCGCAUUGGUGGACUUCCGGACGACCCCCGCUAUGACCCUCAAGACCGCUCGUGGUUCGGCCCCCAUGAUCGUGUGUUCGACGUUCAGGAAAAUGACGAAAUAGAGUUCCAGCCAGGUCCUUCACACGUGUGGUGCUGGGGCUGGGACGGUGCCGGCGACAUUGACGGGCCUGACGUGGACCCUAUAUGGGAGGCUAUGCCAAAGCGGUCGCAAACUACAGAGGCGGUCACUGUGAAACAUGACAGGAGCCUCGACCUGUGAUCUAGUAUUGCGAUGCUGAUCUCUUUUCGUUUGGUUUGAUAGAUGGGACGGAGAUUCCCCAGGACAUGUCGAACAGUUCUAUCCUUACUUCUUGUCGUCAAACAAACAGACCUAGACCUGGACUAUACAUAUGUAGCUUUCUUAGUACAUAACGUGCCGUAGAUACCUUGUUGGAUAGUCCGAAGUUGCUACCGCUGACUUGUCAUUCCACUAUUACUCGAGGCACUUGCUGAAAAGUUG